AUGUCAUCGUCAUUCACACGGGCUCUUCGCCCUGCCCUGCGAUCCAGCCGGGCCCUCGCCCAGCGAACCUCCGUCGCCGGCGUCGUCCGCCCAGCCAUCCGAAGCAAUGUACUCUCUUCCUCCUCCUCGCCCCUCGACAUCUCGGAGAUCCCCCCCACGCCAAUCUCCCACCUCUCCGAGAUCGAGGCCGCAAUGACCGAGUCCGUCGCCAAGUUCGCCACCGACGUCGUCCUCCCCAAGGCCCGUGAGAUGGACGAGGCCGAGGCCAUGGACCCCGCCAUCGUCGAGCAAAUGUUCGAGCAAGGGCUCAUGGGCAUCGAGAUCCCCGAGGAGUACGGCGGCGCCGGCAUGAACUUCACCUCGGCCAUCAUCGCCAUCGAGGAGCUCGCCCGCGCCGACCCCAGCGUCAGCGUCAUGUGCGACGUGCACAACACCCUCUGCAACACCGCCAUCAUGAAAUGGGGCUCCGAGCACAUCAAGCGCACCUAUCUCCCGCGCCUGGCCACCGACACCGUCGCCUCCUUCUGCCUGUCCGAGCCCGUCUCCGGCUCCGACGCCUUCGCCAUGGCCACCCGCGCCCAGGAGACCGCCGACGGCUUCGUCCUCAACGGCUCCAAGAUGUGGAUCACAAACUCCGUCGAGGCCGGCAUCUUCCUCGUCUUUGCCAACCUGGACCCAUCCAAGGGCUACAAGGGCAUCACCGCCUUUGUCGUCGAAAAGGACACCCCCGGCUUCUCCAUCGCCAAGAAGGAGAAGAAGCUGGGCAUCCGCGCCAGCAGCACCUGCGUCCUCAACUUUGACGACGUCGCCAUCCCCAAGGAGAACCUCCUCGGCGAGCGCGGCCAGGGCUACAAGUACGCCAUCAGCAUCCUCAACGAGGGCCGCAUCGGCAUCGCCGCCCAGAUGACCGGCCUGGCCCUGGGCGCCUGGGAAAACGCCGUCAAGUAUGCCUGGAACGACCGCCGCCAGUUCGGCUCGCUCAUCGGCGAGUUCCAGGGCAUGCAGCACCAGUUUGCCCAGGCCUACACCGACAUCGCCGCCGCCCGCGCCCUCGUCUUCAAUGCCGCUCGCAAGAAGGAGGCCGGCCAGGACUUCAUCAAGGACGCCGCCAUGGCUAAGCUGUACGCCUCCCAGGUUGCCGGCCGCGUGAGCAGCCUUGCUGUUGAGUGGAUGGGUGGCAUGGGCUUUGUCCGUGAGGGUCUGGCCGAGAAGUUCUUCCGCGACAGCAAGAUUGGUGCCAUUUACGAGGGCACAAGCAACAUUCAACUCAACACCAUUGCUAAGCUGCUGCAAAAGGAAUACACCAACUAA